AUGUUAGGAUUGUAUUUAUCUUCGCUUUUCUUUGCUUUUUUCAUGGCCCAAGUGUUUGCUACCAAAUACUCAAUCACAUUCACGUCAGACGAUUAUGAAGAGGGCCAGACAGGACAGAACAAAUCUAAUCCUUUAGUGUUUCAUUUGGAAAAAAACUCACUACCAUCAGCACUGAUAGAUCAAAUGGAGUUUAGUCCCUAUUUGGUGUUAGCGGACAUGCCAGAUAAAUCUCGCGUUUUACAUUCGCAGGAACAAGUUGAUACGGUGAUUGCAUCAAAAUCUGUAAUUGAUUUUCUCCUGGAAGAUCCACUGGCAAUAGCAGAACACAAAAAGUUUUCACAAAUUGAAAGUAUCUUGUAUGAAAUCAUGGAAGACAGCUUAAUGGAGAAAAACGGGACUGAGGGGAUAGUGGAGCAAGAGCCGGAACUGAAAAUAUAUGCAAACAAAGAAAUUAUAGCUACUCCCAGUAACGCAACCAGCAAUAAUGAAAAUCCAACAACUACCGUGACCUUGGUCAGCACAAUCCCGAAUUUAUAUAGCUCGACAAGUAUUGCUAUGCCCACGGGCGGUACAAGUGUUGGAAUAUUGCCGACUACGGCACCAGCAAAUAUCACAAUCGUUGGAGGAUAUGAAAAUUCCUCCCCAUUUUUGAUGYCAUCGAUCAGGGUGUUAUCCAUUAUCUUUUGUGCGUACUUGCUACUCUACUCUUAA